AUGGGGCCGGACAGACCUAUUCCAGCCUGUGUUCAUCUUGCACCCGAUACCCAAAUAGAUGGAAGACCUGACUUCAGGAAACUUCACAUUGAGAACCAGCUACAAUUUAAUAGGAAUGUUCCUCCACAUCCAAGCAAUUUGGCGAUCAGAUAUUCCUGUCCACAUGCAAUUCGAAUUGAAAAACUGAAGCACUGCUACAAUGAAUCAUAUUCUUGUAAGGAUUCUGAUUUUAGAAAUAGGCCUGACCUGAGCAGUUCUCUUUCAUUUUCCAUCAUCUCAGAAGAGAAACUUAGCUAUGCUGUCCACCUGGCCAAACGAGAUGUGAAACGGAGACAGUUUGAAGAACAUAUGAAAGAACAGCAUCUCAAAAUCCAGCCCCAGAUCUCUCAGAAAUGCACACAUGUGAAGUCUAAAAUAUGUGAACACAAGGUUGGAAGGAAGGAAUCAAAAAGUCAGGACAUCUUUCCAUGCAGCCAUCGGCCAUCCAAGGUUGAAAUUUCCAGCUCAGGUGCCAAAGUAUACGUAUACCAUUCUCAUCCAGGACAGUCGGACCUUACUGUGCCAAGUUCACCACCCACCCGGGAUCCAGGACCUCAGCCUAAUCCUAUGAUAGGUGACCACAAAAGCCUGUUAGAAAUUCAGCGGCUCCGGAAAGAAUUGAGCAGUUGUAUACAGAGAAUUGAAGAGGUCACUAAAAAAGGGAGGCUAGAAGAGACUUUGGAUCCAGAUGAAGAAAGGCGAGUCCGAAUCCGGAGACAGGAGCAAGCCACACGUUCAGCCCGGACACUCUAUGUCCUCCAGCAGCAGGUAAAAGAAAUCCAGGAAGAAUUGGAUAAAUUGAGUCCACAGAAAAUUAAGCACACUAAGAAGUCAUGGGCAGUGUCCCGGCUGACAGCUGCCCACCGUGGAGCCAUUCGGGCCUUACAGAUGUUUGUCACUCAGUUUACGGACCGAGGAGAACAGCCAGUUCCUGCUCGCUGUCGGGAACUAGGCAGUCUCAUCCGCCAGCUCUCACUUUGUUCUGCCAAGUUAGAUUCUGAUCCUUCUGUUCCUGAUGUGGUUCUAGAUAUCCUACAACAAAUUGAGAAUUUGGAAUCCCUCCUGGAAAAGAAACUGUCACCAAAAAAGGUGAAGAAAUGUUUCACUGAAGUUCGGAGCAGAUUUCCCAUCGGUAGCCGAAGGGUCUUAGAGAAAUGGCCAAGUGCAUCCUCAAAGAGUGAGAGGAGACCCUUGGAAGGAGGGGAGGUGUUCCCACAAGCAGCACAACGACCUUUGGUUUCAAAGAAGCUUCUUGCUGAUAAACACCAGCCUGAUACAGAGCUUCCUGUGACCCAGAGAGUAAAAGAUGAGAUUGAUGAAUUGGCUGUAGAUAUCCUUCAAGAAGUUCCAUCUAUGUUAGAUCAAAAGACAGCACAAACAGUGAAAAAAAAGCCGGUGUCUUUGAAUGCGCUUGUUAAGAAGAAAGAAUCUACGUUACCUGCAAGACCACAGCAAGGACUUCACAGAGCUGAACGAAGUAGAAUAAAUCAACCGCCUGUCAGAAGCAAGUUGCAUCAGACGACAGUCUCGUCCAGAUUAAAAAUGAGCCAACAGCCUGUAAAGGACCAGAGGGCUCCUUGGGUGCCUCCAAACCCUACGUCCCCGCCUGCAUCACCAAAGUGUGCUGCGUGGACAAAGGUGAAACAUAGCCCUAAAGAUAGCAGAAAAGAACGUUCUGUCCAACAAGAAGAUCCUCAGAAGGAAAGUCAACUGCAAGGUGCUGCUGAACAGGAAGCAGUCAGGCUCGCUUGGCUUGAUGCUGAAACUUCCAAAAGAUUGAAGGAACUGGAAGAAUUAAAAACUAAAGAAAUGGACAAAAUUCAAGAAUUGAGCCUCGAUGUCCUUAAUGCUGAAACUUCCAGAAAACAGGUUCAAGCCUUUCAGGUUUUUCUCGUUAUUUGUAUGAUUCAUGUUUCUGCCACUCAGAUAGUCGACAAAGUAGAGCAGGCAGUGUUGGAGCGGCUGAAGCCUCUUUUGGACACGGCCCAGAGAGUUAAUUCUUCUGUGGACAUAGACACUCAUUUGAAGGCUGAUCUUUCCGUAAACACAGCAGCAGCCCAGCCAUCAGAGGAGACUGCACCUGUUUCUGAAUCCAGCCACUUGAGUUUGGCAGAUGAUAUUUUGGAUGAUACCACUCGCAUGUUCCAGGCAGUGACUCACUUCGAGAUCUUAGAGGAAGGCCAGAAUAUUACAGCUCUGCAGACCAUGAUGAUCCGAAUGGAAGAAAUGGAAACAUACCAGGAGGCAGUUCGUCAAAGAUACAGUAAAUUUGUAUAUGCUGAUCCUCAUUUUUGGACACAAGAAUUUAAAAAAGACCAAAAAGAUCAAACAAUGAGUGAAAGGCCUUUGUCUCCACAUCCUAUCACGAUCACAAAGAUGGCAGAUCACAAAUCCCCAACUGUGAACAUUGUGUUAGAACGGCCUUGGAAUGACAAUUCCCUGGAUGAAAGUAUGGGAACAGAAGAGAGAGUGAAUAAAGCAGACACUUCCCCUCUUGCUCUCCCACAAGCGGCUCAGCACAGCGAGGGCAAGGUGUUCCUCAUGGUCCCCCCACCCAUGCUGCACAGCAUUAGUGAGUACUGCAGUCACUUUGAGCAUUACCUCAGGAUGAUUUCUCACGAGGCUGUUGGUUCUUUCAACCCAUGGCUACUAGCUGAAAGCUUUUCUGAAGAGCUGGUAGAUGAAGCCCUGGGGGCCGUGGCUGCUGAACUUCAGGAUGUAUGUGAAGAUUAUGCAGAAGCUGUGUUCACCUCAGAAUUCUUAGAGGCUGCUACUUAA